UUGGUGAACUAGCAUCCACAGACGAGUUUCUCGCUCGUCGUGUGAAAUUUGGGAGGUUCGAAAAAAUGGCUUGCUCGGCGAUACGAUCCCCAAUUUUGCGUAAUAAAUCGGUGCGCCACUACGCGUUGGCUGCAGCAGCUCAACAUGCACCAGCCACUCUCUCCGACGUUCAAGUUUUGGGCAACAAAGUUACUGUUGCUGCAGUAGAAAACAACAGUCCUAUCGCCCAAGUCUCUGUCGUCAUUCGCGCUGGCUCACGUAACGAGACCUAUGACACUCAGGGCAUCAACCAUCUGUUGCGUCUGUCUGCUGGUCUCACAACUAGUCGAGCUAGUUAUUUUGGUAUAACUCGCAAUCUUCAACAGCUUGGAGGAAAUCUGACUGCUACAGCUGAUCGUGAGACAAUUUCAUACACCCUUCAAGUCACCAGAGACAAACUUGGGGAAGCACUACAAUAUUUGGAAGAUGUCGCUGUGCACCAGGUUUUCAAGCCAUGGGAGGUGGCAGAACAGUCAACACGAAUGCGUUAUGAACUUUCAACUUUACCAGAGACAACGCGCAUUAUCGAGCUUCUGCACAAAGCAGCUUUCCGAAGUGGAUUAGGCUAUUCUCUCUAUUCGCCUAAACGUCAAAUUGGGAAAAUAUCAUCUGAAACAUUGCAACAUUAUUUCAACACGUGGUUUUCGGGUUCACGAUGCGCUGUAGUUUCGACCGGAGUUUCGCUCGGAGAAGUAUCCGCGUUUGCUGCCAAUUUGAAACUUCCGGGUGGUGAUUGUUCAAGCCCAGGAUCAAAAUUCUGGGGCGGUGAAGUGCGUAAAGAACGAAAUUCUGAACUCGCGACAGUCGCAGUAGCUGUAGAGGGUUCGGGUCUCGAUAAAGAGAAGGAUGCGUUGGCAUUCGCAGUUUUACAACAAGUUGCCGGUACAGGCCCACGCGCUAAAUGGGGAACUAGCACAGCCCCUCUGUACAAGAGCGUUGCUUCGGCUGCUGGAAGCGAUCCUUUCGCAGUUUCAGCUAUCAAUGCGAGUUAUUCGGACGCUGGAUUAUUUGGUUUCAUACUAUCCGCUCCCGCCAAUGUUGCUGGUUCGUUGACAAAAGCUGCUUACAAGUGGUUUCGGACACCUAGUCUCACCGAUGCUGAUGUGAAUCGCGGUAAAACCGAUCUCAAGGCUGCUAUUUUAUUCGGCAAUGACAACAAUUCGUCGCUUUUGGAAAGUCUCGGUCAACAAGCCGUACUCAAGGGACGCGUUGUGUCACCUCUGACCAUUGCCAACGAAGUGGACAAAAUUUCCCUCAAUGAUGUAAAGAGCGUUGCCACGAGGCUCAGCGGAAAAGUUGCAAUGGCAUCAAUCGGUGAUCUGUCCACUGUUCCCUACAUAGAUCAACUGAAUUAGAUAUCGUUGAAUCUAACAUUCCGAUGUCUGUAUUAGUAACAAACUUUCUCGUAUUUAUCAAAAACAACCGAGAGAACGAUCGUCAAUCGCGGGAUCAUUAAAAUGAGCCAGCCCGUGAGCCGUUUCAUCCCCUACAAUUCAUGUAAUUGUGUACAUACUAAAUAAAGUUUUAAAUAGUCAA